AUGGCCACCAACCUCAGGCGGUUCCAUCUCCUGUCACAUGCCGUGGAUGAUAGUGGGAAGAGACGCAAUAUCUUUAGAGCACACAAGAACACUUCACGGUAUUUCCACACCACAUCCAGGCGAUCAAUCGUGAAAUCUCCUUCCCACUAUGGUGCACGACCGAGACCGAGGCAAAGAUCCAUCCCAUCUUCAUCCACGCCUGACCCCUUGGUCAAAGUCAACAGGGGCCUUGAUCGACCUGCCGACCACGUCCUUUACCCAGGUAUUCAAAGUCUGCUCAAUCCGGAAGAAGCAAGGGAGGAGUUGCGGAUCGCAGAGGCCAACGAGAAGAGGCUUAUCCAAUCGGAAAUGGAGAGUGCACAGGCUGCACACAGUGCGUUCAAGCAGCAUAUACGAUCGCAUCACGAAAAGCUGAGCGCCUUUUCCCUCACUGAGCAAGACCUAGAACGAGCGGUGAAGGCGGCGCGGAUCGAUGCAAAAUUCAGCAAGAUCCGAGCUUGGCGUUUGCGCAUACAGAAGGCCAUGGAGACAAGGGUCUCCGAGCUUCAAUCCAAAUCUCUUCAUAUUUUGCAAAAGGUUGAUUCUUCCGUUGACCUCGUCGAUGCUGAGCUCCAACAAUGGCGCCGAUCAGUUGCCAAGUAUCGUCAGGAACUUGCCGUCGUUGGCACACGCCUAGAAGCCAGUAUAGCAACAUUAAAGUCUGACAUAGACGAGGAGACUGGCCGAGUCUUCUUCAAUCGAAUGAGAGAGAUUUAUAGUGUCGCCUAUGACGCCUUCGAAGAAUUGCUUGAAUGCACCUCCAUGACUAGUCUUACCCGACUCAACAACGAACUUGCUUCAUCCGGCAUAUCUUCUGCGACAGGGCGAGAGCCGGCUCGAAGGUUUUUAGCAGGCCUAGAGGACGGCGCUCUGCGAAGAGUCCUCAUCGAUCUGGCUUUCUGGGCUGUCGAUGCACGACCCAUUUUCGCGGCCAUUGGUCUUGAACUACACUACUACAGACGAUUGCGUGUCAAAGGGCUUGCAUACAAGGCCAUGCCCGAGGUUUUUGCACAUGACUACCGGCAGCUAUUCCGUGCACAUGCAUUCCGCCGAUUUAGUGUAUACUGUCGGGACAUCAACCAGCAAAUUCGCCGCUUGCGAGGCAUUAUGAUUUACCUCAAACCCCCUGGCUUUGUGCAAUAUGAUGGGCAUCUAUUGAAACAUCUUCCAACGCUGGUCGCAUUUGAGGGUCAACGAUGUCUUGCCGAGUUCAGGAGUGUCCUGGAACCGCUUGCCAUUUCUAAUGAAGCGGGGGACCUUCCACUUCAACAAGCCCUGUUGCACGACCUGCGCCCUUUCUAUGAUUCUCUUGUCCAGUUAAACCCAAUACGGACAGAGUUAGACAAGCUCAAUGAUUGCUGGACAGAGCUUGCUGAAAUCGAAAAGUCCCGACACCAGUCUCCAUUAGCUCUGGUUAAGCGACACACGUAUCUGCUUACCAGAACCACUGCCAUAAUCCGCGAAACUCAGGAAGCGCUUGAUACGGUCAGAAUAUGGCGUGCUAUUGCAAACGUGGCCCUGGGGAUUCACAAAACAUCCAGAAUUCAACACUGGCCCUCGAUGGAAAAGUCUCAUGAUACUGAGCCUGGUCCGAACCUCAAUCUUGGGAAGCUAUCACUAAGGUCGCAUAGGUGGCCCGAACCUAUGUCUGCGGCACUGAAUCCCAUUGUCUCGUGGCUUCCAUUGUCACCAUCUUUGUAUCCACUACGUGGAAAUAUCCCAAUCCACUAUGUGACAACAAUGAUGUCUCUUAAGUUUGUCUCACAGCGAUUUGCAAGGUCGAGUCUUCUCGGAAUUGACCUUGUCUUGUCAGAACCUCCUACGAGCGGGCCGUACUCUAUGAAAUCCAGAAUUAAUUUUCUGCUAAUCGCGAGUGAGAACGAAGUUGCUGUUGUUGACAUGGAUUAUAUGCCUGUCAAUUUGAGCCAUAACGUCGACCCAAUUUUGCAACAGACUUUGGGAAAUCCAAGAAUAGUGAAAGUUGGUGUGCAUACUGAGCUGCAGCGCCGCAUACUGGGGACUGAUAACGGCAUUGAUCUAGUCAAUGCUGUAGAUCUAUCCACUGAGCAGUUGCCUCCAGAAACGAACAACGACCCUACAUUUCAGACCCUUUCGACGAUGGCCGAUGCCAACCUCGGUAGUCCACUACCGAAGUUAUUAUUAACAAAUAGUGUUUUAUGUAAGGCUGGGACAAACAAUCCCAUCUUAUACUUUGGACAUCUGGCCUGCCGCCCAUAUGCUGCGCUCCAGCUACUCAACAAGGCUCGUGCACACGGAAAUGAGCGGUCAAUGAGUAAGUUACCAGAGGCAAGCCUUGGACCGAUUAUCGUGCACCCUUUACCGAAAGACUACCCAGGGUUGUCAGUUGUCUUACAGAAGAUUUCACCACCACUCUAUAGAAUGAGGUACCAAUAUCUCAGGGACCUUGUUGAGGAGAUGUGCACCCGCGUGAUCAAGAACAAUGCUUACUUGCGCGCUCGUCAAACUACGUACUGCACAGAUUGGAGGCGCAGUAUUUUGGAGGGAUACAUUCGUCUGACAACUUUCGGCCAAUCAUUCCAGCAGGUGUGUAACCGUCUCGAUCUACCACUUCAACGACGGAUCGAAGAAGCAUAUCGCCUAGAGCACUCUGUCACAUUAAAUGGAGAGCGGUCUCAUGGUCUACUGGCGUUUACACUCCUCUCUCUGGUGAGAACAGCCAGGCUCCCUUUAAGUCUAGAUCAUGAGCCCGAGCUCAGAGCAGCCAGCCAGAAGUUCUUGCACACAGAACAUGGUAGUGAUGGAGACCAGUGGGCCGCAUGGGCACGCGAUGUUAUAGAAGUACCCCUAGAUCGAACAUCAAGAAAGAAAGGCAUUCGUGUCGCACCCUCAGUUGCUAGUCCUUCUCCCGUUACACUGCCUUCUGGGAGAGUGAGUUCAGCACCCCAUCGCUCGAUUCUGCCUAUUGGAGGCAGACGAAAGCUCUUAAGCGAGAAAAGAAGGGUGAAAGUAAGGCAGGAACGAACUCGACGAGAGACAUCACACGUGCAAAAGGAAAUCGAAGAGAAUGCCAACAUAGUUGGAACAACAAGUGAAGUGCCUGCUAUAGGCCACGGGGUUGAAUGCUCUGGCGCUGUUCCUGGGAAGCCUCAGGGGAGGGCAAAGGAAAGUACAGAUAUUAUCAACAAAGUUGGGACAAUAGCUGGGGGCACUGAGAACCCUUGCGAUGUUGAAACUUCUAGCGCUCCUCGUCCGCCGCCGCCUUCACGAAGGAAAACUAAAAUCCUCGAGAAAGCCAGCAAAGUUGAGAAUACAACCAGUGGAAGAACUGACACUAGUGGUAGGGCUGAUUCUCCUCCUGCAGCAGAGAAUGUCAGCACUUUCUUCUUUGGAAACUUCAUCCAAACGCGUAUCAAACCAAUAUUCGCCGGCGGAGACGGACCCCCAACGCAAGACCAGCAACCUACAGAGAUUGCUCCUACUGAGAAAGAGGAGGCGAAAAGGCAUGUCGAUUCACGGCGUAUGCCGAAGUUGCGGACUAUCGAAAAGAGGAAGAUACAGCAGAAGGACGUCCCUGUUGCCAGGGUGCUGUCGACGCCAGGACCAAAAAUCCGCAAGUCACUGCGGCUCCCGCGAGGCGUGUACCUAGGCUUCGUUCGAUGA